CACGGCGUGUCGCCCGGAUCGGGGUUCUCUUCGAUAAGGACAUAGGCAGGUCAGUGCCUGUCUCGAGGCAUCUGGCUCUCCUGGUUGAUACCUCAUGUUAUAAAAGCCGACCCAUCUCUUCAAGUUCCUUCAAGUACACUAUACGUACUGUUCAUCCUCGUUUGAUAGCAUGGGCGAAAACAAGUACCCUCUCGUAGCCGAGCCGAUCUCACGUUCGCCAGAGAUCGAGCAUGGCAAUAUCUUCGACACUCUGGAUCAUGGAGCCGACUCGGAGCUGCAGCGAAGUCUGAGUACACGCCAUAUCACCAUGAUUGCUCUUGGGUCUUCUAUCGGCAUGGGUCUAUGGCUUGGAAGCGGUACAUCACUUACCAACGGAGGACCCGCGGCUAUCUUCAUCGGCUACUUAUUGUCAGGAUCUAUGAUUUGGUCUGUAACCCAUUCAAUAGGAGAGAUGGCCGUUAUGUAUCCUUUACCUUCUGCGUACGUACAGUGGGCUGGCAAGUUCGUCUGUCCUAGCAUGGCCUUUGCUCUUGGUUGGGCUUACUGGAUUUCAUACUGGAUUACCAUCGCGAACGAGCUCCAAGGAGUGGUCACGGUCUUGUCGUUCUGGACCGACAAAGUGCCAGUUGCUGUUUGGAUCACAGUUUUCUGGAUCGUCAUCAUCUUGAUCAAUGUUGGUGCGGUGACUGUUUUCGGCGAGAUCGAAGUAGUUUGCUCGCUCAUCAAGUUUGGAUGGAUCUUCGUAGUCAUCAUUUCAAUGAUCGUCAUAUCAGCUGGUGGAGCACCCACGGGCGACGCUAUCGGCUUCCGGUACUGGAACCAAACUGGAGGAUUUACCAAUGGAUUCAAAGGCUUCUUGAGUGUCAUGCCUACUUGUAUCUUUGCUAUGUCAGGAUCCGAGAACUGUGGCCUUGUUGCAGCCGAGACAGCAAAUCCACGAAAAUCUGUGCCCAAAGCUGUUGGGUCCAUCUGGCUACGCCUUUCGCUCUUCUAUAUCCUUGGAUCGUUGAUGAUAACCAUAUGUGUCUCUCCAUAUGACGAAAACUUAUUUGGAGGCUCAGGCACCAAUGCCUCGCCCUUUGUCAUCGCUUACCGCAACGCGGGCAUCCCAGUUUUGGCACAUAUCAUGAAUGCAAUCAUCUUCCUUUCGGUUGUCUCGACUGGCAGUAUCUCCUGUUAUGCGGGGGCACGCACUCUUAUGGGCCUGGCUCAGUUGGGUAUGGCACCUAAGCGAUUUGCCAAGGCAGAUAAGACUGGUCGUCCAUGGUAUGGUAUCGUACCUACGCUAAUCAUAGGUGGUGGCCUAGCGUAUCUUAAUGUCAAUAACUCUGGCGCUGAGGUCUUCACUUGGUUCUCCGACCUGACUUCGCUUUUCACCCUUUUCUGCUGGGGUUCAAUAUGCUUAUCUCAUAUUCGCUUCCGUCUCGCCUGGAAGACCCAAGGUCGUUCGGUGGAUGAACUACCCUGGAAGUCCUGGACGUAUCCUUAUGCUGCAUGGUGGGGGUUGGCUUGGUGCAUAAUCCUUCUUGUCGUUGAGUUUUAUCUCUCUGUCUGGCCCCUCGGCGAGUCCUCGUCCGCAAAGACAUUCUUCGCAAACUAUGUAUCGGUUGUGGCAAUCGUUGUGCUGUAUCUGGGCGCUCGCUUGUACUAUCGCGGCCCCUGGUGGGUUGACAUCUCCAAGAUCGACCUCGACUUCGGACGGCGCUUCUACACUGAUGCUCAAGAUAUGGAAAAGAAAGAGGACGAUUUGGUGAAGAAGGCAGUCAAGAGCAUCUUCACUUGAAGUGCUCAGGUCUGCAAGCUUCCGAUUCUUACCUUGGCCUCUCG